AUGGCGGACACAUUGAAAGCUGCUGGCAAUAAAGCCAUUGCGGAGAAGAACUUCGACGAGGCUAUCACAAAGUUCACCGAGGCCAUUGCUAUCGAGCCAGAAAACCACAUCCUCUACUCCAAUCGAUCGGCUGCAUAUGCUUCGAAACGAGACUUCGAAAACUCCCUAAAGGAUGCUGAGAAGUGUACGGGUAUCAAGCCUGAUUGGGCCAAGGGAUGGGGUAGAGUUGGUACCGCUAAGCAAAGUCUGGGGGACCUUUUGGGAGCGCAUGAUGCUUAUGAGGAGGCUUUAAAGCUUGAUGAGAAGUAUGCGGUGGCUACCAAGGGUCUUGCACAGGUCAAGAAAUCUAUCGAUGCAGAGGCCAAAGCAGAUGGUGUGAAGGGUGAUCCAACAGAAGGACUAGGAAGCAUGUUUAGUGAUCCGCAACUCGUCACAAAAUUAGCCGCAAACCCUAAGACUGCCAAAUUCCUCUCCGACCCAACAUUCAUGGCAAAGCUUCAACAAAUUAAGUCGAAUCCAAGUAAUACUCAGGAACUUUUCUCAGAUCCACGUAUGAUUCAAGUCUUGGGUGUCUUGAUGGGAGUGGAUAUGUCCUUCGCUGAUUCGGGUGCUUUUGGAGGUGCUCCUGGUGCCGGAGGUGCUUCUGCGCCCAGGGAGGCCGAGGAGGAUAUCUCGAUGCCAGACGUGCGCCCAAGCUCGCAAGAACCACAAGCUAAGAAGGCAAAGACGGAGUCAGAACCAGAGUCAGGCGAUGACGAGGCUGCCUUGAAGAAGAAGGCAAAGGCUGAGGCUGAUGAGGAGAAGAGACUUGGUACCGAAGAGUACAAGAAGAAAAACUUCGACGAGGCGAUUGCACAUUACACUAAGGCUUGGGAAAUCUUCAAGGACAUCACCUAUCUCAACAACCUUGGUGCUGCAUACUUCGAAAAGGGAGAAUACGAAGAGGCUAUCAAAGCAUGUGAGAAAGCAGUUGAAAAAGGACGAGAGAUCUACGCCGACUUCAAGAUGAUCGCCAAAUCAUACGCUCGUAUCGGAACGUCCUACGAGAAGCUGGGAGAUCUAUCGAAAGCCAUCGAAAAUUACAACAAAUCUCUCACUGAACACCGUACCCCUGACCUCGUCAACAAGCUUCGUGCUGCCGAAAAGAACAAGAUCGAUGGUGCCAAAAAAGCCUAUAUCGACCCAGCAAAAGCUGAAGAGGCCCGUGAACUCGGAAACCAAAAGUUCAAGGAGUCAGAUUGGCCUGGAGCAGUUGAGGCUUACAGUGAAAUGAUUAAGCGUGCUCCAGAAGACCCAAGAGGUUACAGUAACCGUGCAGCUUCCUUCAUUAAGCUUCUUGAGUUUCCAUCUGCUUUGGAAGACUGUAACCAGGCAAUCGCUAAGGAUUCCAAGUUUGUUAGAGCCUACAUCCGAAAGGCGCAAGCAUACUUCGGCAUGAGAGACUACUCCAAAUCUCUUGAUGUUUGUAACGAAGCUAGUGAGGCUGAUGUUACAAAGGCCAAUACUAGAGAAAUUGAACAGCAACAGCAGAAGGCUGUCACUGCAAUGUACAGUGCUAGAGAGAACGAGACAGAGGAGCAGACUAAGGAGAGACUUUCGAAAGAUCCCGAGAUUCAAAGAAUCAUGGGUGACCCAGUCAUGCAAAGCAUUCUUCAACAAGCCCAAAACGACCCCGCCGCUCUUCAGGAACACAUGAAGAACCCUCAAAUCAAAUCUAAGAUUCAACAGCUCAUCGCUGCCGGCGUCAUCCGUGUCGGGAGAUGA